AUGUUGCCACUUCGUAAGACCAGGUGGGCUCCUGCACAACAUCGGGUGAACUCACUAUUUUCCAAAAAAAUCAAUAGUACCGUCAACAGCAAUUUCACCACAAACAUUGUAACCGAACCCAGUCUCAAAAAGGGUACUCCUUUGAUACUCUCUUCGAAAUCACCUUCACCUUCCCCUUCUCAGACUAAAAGGCUUCCACAUCGCAAAAUAAUCACAAAUAAUAAACAAUGGAAUUAUGAAGAAGAUAAUAUUCUAUUGAGAAGAGUAAUAAGAUAUGGAUGGAAACAUUGGGGAAUUAUAUCACAGGGAUUUCCAAAUCGGUCGUCAUCAGAUUGUUAUUAUCGUUAUAGAAAUAAUCUAAAAUAUUUAAUAGAUUAUUCCUUCAUCUGUUCAACAAAUCAAUCAUCAUUAAUAUCAUUAACAUCAAAAGAACAAAAAUCAUUUUGGAAAAAAUUAAAUAAAUUAAAUAACAACUUACAACUAAUGCAAGAUAAUAACCGAUUGAAAACAAAAUCUAUUUCAUUAUUAAAACAAUAUUAUAUUAACAUGCAAAGAUUUUCAAAUGAACAACAACAAUUAUUUCCAAUCAAUUAUAAUUUAGUUUUACAUACUAGUAAAAAAAUCAAAGAUAAUAAUAAGGAAGAAUCAUUAUUUGUUAUCAAAAAUAAACCUUGGACAAGUGAAGAAAUCGAAAGAUUAAAGGAUUUAUUAUUAAAUGAUGCUUCAUUAGAAAAUCAAUUACUUUUCACUUAUAGUGGUGGAAAGAAUGUUAUGUAUAAUUGGAAAUUGAUUACUUCAAAAUAUUUUCCUAAUAGAACCCCUAGUGAUGUUAGAAAUAAAUGGCAUAAUAUUCAAAUUAAGUUUCCUUGGACAAAGCAAGAAGAUCAAAUUAUUGCUGAUGGUGUAAAACAAUUUGGCGAACAAGAUCAUAUUACAAGAUCCCCGAAGCAAUGUAUGGUUAGAUGGAGGGAUACUUUAAAACCUUUACAAUCGAAACAAAAAAUUUUUUCAGAAUAUGAACAUUUAAUCUUAGAAAAAGCAUUAAAAGAAGUUCCCUUACUUAAGGGUAAUAAAAUUAAUUGGAAAUAUAUUCACCAACAUUAUCUACCAAAUAGAACUCCUAUACAAUUAUAUAAACAUUAUUAUAAUGUUAUAUGCAAACCUGCAAAAUGGAGUUUACAAGAGGAUGAACUCUUACUGAAAUUUAUCAAAGAAUAUCAAUCUUCUCACUUGGGUGAUUAUGAUAAUGAUAUUUGGAAACAGAUCGCCAAAAGAAUUCCUGGUAGAACUGCGAUUCAAUGUAGAAAUAGAUAUCUUAAUAAGCUUGAUCCCUCUUUAAAAAAAGGUUGUUAUACAGUAGAAGAUCAGUUUAAAUUAUUUACAUCGAUUAAGAAACACGGUCGCAGAUGGUCUUUAGUUGCAAAAGAGCUGGGUAGAUCAAAAGUUUCUAUAGCUAAAAUUUUCAGUUUGUGGAAAUAUCGCAAUCAAUUUACUUAUGCAAGAAAACGUAAAGGAGGCAUGAAUAGUAUUUAUGGCAAAUUAUUAAGACAAUUAAAUUAA